GAGCAAACAUAAACCAUUACCAAAAUCACAGUCAAAAUUCACAGAUAGCAUGAGCACUUCAAUCUCCAUAAGAAAAGCUUGAAAAGCAAAUCUACAAGAAAAGGGAACAUAUUCACGGGUUUACACGAGCCACCUCUCUCUCUCUCUCUCUCUCUCUCUCACCCAUUUUCUUUCUCUUCCACUGUGUCCAAAAACCACAAGCCUCACCCAAACCAAGUUUCAGAGACUUUUACUCCUCCAACCGACACGCAUCUUCUAAAUUCAGAGCACCCCACUUCAUAAAUUUAGCUCGUUUCUUCAAAAGUCGUUGCUUUCUUUGUUGGGUAUCUUCCCAUUUUUUUGUUGGAUUCUGAUCUUCGAAACCAGAUAUGUCUGUUGAGUCAGCUCCUGUUUCAGCUGACCACAGCAACAUCAAUGGAGUUUACACUCAUGGUGGACGCUAUGUCCAGUACAAUAUCUAUGGCAACCUGUUCGAGGUUUCCAAGAAGUAUGUCCCUCCUAUCCGACCCGUGGGAAGAGGAGCUUAUGGUAUUGUUUGUGCUGCUGUAAAUGCGGAGACACGGGAAGAAGUUGCGAUAAAGAAGGUUGGCAAUGCAUUUGACAACAGAAUUGAUGCCAAAAGGACCUUACGAGAAAUCAAACUUCUUCGGCACAUGGAUCAUGAAAAUGUGAUAAGCCUUAGAGAUAUUAUACGACCACCACGGAGGGAGAACUUCAAUGAUGUGUACAUCGUUUAUGAAUUAAUGGAUACUGAUCUGCAUCAAAUAAUCCGUUCCAAUCAAUCUUUGACUGAUGAUCAUUGUCGGUAUUUUUUGUAUCAGUUGUUACGAGGUCUGAAAUAUGUGCACUCAGCAAAUGUUCUGCACCGUGAUCUAAAACCUAGCAACUUGUUACUGAAUGCCAAUUGUGAUCUUAAGAUUGGAGACUUUGGUCUCGCUAGAACUACGUCCGAAACUGAUUUCAUGACUGAGUACGUGGUUACUCGAUGGUAUCGAGCUCCAGAGUUGCUUCUUAAUUGUUCAGAAUAUACUGCAGCCAUUGAUAUAUGGUCUGUUGGUUGCAUCCUCGGGGAAAUCAUGACAAGGCAACCCCUAUUUCCUGGGAAAGAUUAUGUUCAUCAGCUCAGAUUGAUCACAGAGCUUAUAGGUUCACCUGAUGACACCAGCCUUGGAUUUCUACGAAGUGAUAAUGCUCGUAGAUAUGUAAGACAACUUCCACAAUAUCCAAGGCAACAGUUUGCUGCUAGAUUUCCCAACAUGUCUGCUGGUGCAGUUGAUUUGUUAGAGAAGAUGCUUGUAUUUGAUCCAAACAGACGCAUUACAGUUGAUGAGGCUCUGUGCCACCCUUACUUGGCACCUCUCCAUAAUAUUAAUGAGGAACCUGUUUGCCCUAGACCUUUCAGUUUUGAUUUUGAGCAACCGUCUUUCACUGAAGAAGAUAUCAAGGAACUCAUCUGGAGAGAGUCCGUGAACUUCAAUCCUGAUCCACCUAUUUAUUGAGAUUUUGCAUUUACUAUACUGUAUGUGCAUAGUGAAAUACUUGAUGACUGAUUUACAACACUACUGGGAAGUUGUUUCCACAAAAUGUUAAACGCAUUUGAUAUAUUGAGAUUUUUUUUUUUUGAUAAAUUAUGUUGAGAUUUUAUGAGACUAUUGUGAGGUUGUUUUUCAUUUAAUAUUCAUAUUCUUGGAUAACUGUAUUGUUGAGAUGUACUGUUGGAAUAAUCAGAGGCUAAGCAGCAUUACUUGAAGGUUUCAGCAGGA